GAUCACUAUAAAUACCCAAAUGUCAAUUCGAUAAACCUAGGGUUUGUGUCGUGCAAUUGGACUUGCAGCUUCUUCCGCCACUCCACUCUCUGCACCCUCUGUGCCUCGCCAAUACAAACGACCAUGGCGGACGUCGUCACCGAAGCUGGCGUCGUUGCGGAUCCCACCCAACUAGAUGUCAAACUGUUCAACCGCUGGAGCUUCGAAGACAUUCAGGUUAACGAUAUUUCGCUGGCUGAUUAUAUCGGAGUGGUGUCGUCCAAGCAUGCCACUUAUGUUCCUCACACAUCCGGUAGGUACUCGGUGAAGCGUUUCAGGAAAGCGCAGUGCCCCAUUGUGGAGAGGCUUACUAACUCUCUUAUGAUGCACGGAAGAAACAACGGAAAGAAGCUCUUGGCUGUUAGGAUUAUCAAGCAUGCCAUGGAAAUCAUUCACUUGCUCACUGACCAGAAUCCAAUUCAAGUCAUUGUUGAUGCCGUCAUCAAUAGUGGUCCCCGUGAAGAUGCUACUAGAAUUGGAUCUGCUGGAGUGGUGAGGAGACAAGCCGUUGAUAUCUCACCCCUUCGACGUGUUAAUCAGGCCAUCUAUCUUCUAACAACAGGUGCACGGGAAGCUGCUUUUAGAAACAUCAAGACAAUUGCUGAAUGUUUGGCUGAUGAACUUAUUAAUGCCGCAAAAGGUUCAUCCAACAGUUACGCCAUCAAGAAAAAAGAUGAAAUUGAAAGAGUUGCCAAGGCUAAUCGUUAAGCAGUUCGAAGCAUGUAUUGUACCAGAAAGAUUUUGAUUCGAUCUUUGUACUUCAUUUAUCACAGUUUCGAUUAUUGUGUAAUACUUUCUUUGGCUUUAGUUUAUUUUUAGUUCCUUUUAAGGAAGAAUUUAAACGAAGGAUUUUGAUUCUUGGACUUAAAUUCAUAUUAGUACUAGCAUGGUUUUUGAAUUAUUGUGAUGAUUUAAAUGGGAAUAUGAUCUCCGUUUCCCGUGUUC